AUGUCCCCACAAUGUGCUGCAGAAGUGAGGGAUGACAACCAGAAACCCUCGUCCACCUGCGUGGUUCUCCACCGCACAGGAGGGCACUCACAGCUUCUGUGUGGGUCUGAGAAUGUGUACGAGUAUGACCAGUGUUCAUGUCACCUCUACAGCGCCUACCACACGCGGCUGCACGAGAAUGACUGGGUCCGCAUCCAGGAGGACACGGGGCUUCUCUACCUUAACCAGAGCCUGGACCACAGCUCCUGGGAGAAGCUCAACAUCCGCAAGGGCGGCUUCCCGCUGCUUACCAUCUACCUGCGGGUCUUCCUGUCACCCACAUCCCUACGUGAGGGCGAGUGCCAGUGGCCAGGCUGUGCCCGAGUGUACUUCUCCAUCAUCAAUGCCUCCUUCCCAGCUUGCGGCGCCCUCAAGCCCCGGGAGCUCUGCUUCCCUGAGUCAGGCCUGUCCUUCCGCAUCCGGGAGAACAGGCCCCCUGGCACCUUCCACCAGUUCUGCCUGCUGCCCGUGCAGUUCCUCUGCCCCAACGUCAGUGUGGCCUACAGGCUCCUGGGAGGUGAGAGUCUGCCUUUCCGCUGCGAUCCGGACAGCCUGGAGGUGAGCACGCGCUGGACCCUGGACCGUGAGCAGCGGGAGAAGUAUGAGCUGGUGGCCGCGUGCACGGUUCGCAUGGGCAUGCGCGAGGAGGAGGUGAUGGUGCCCUUCCCUGUGACCGUGUACGACGAGGACGACUCUGCGCCCACCUUCUUCGGGGGCGUCGACAGUGCCAGCGCGGUGGUGGAGUUCAAGCGGAAGGAGGUGCCUAUGCGUUUGUCUGGUGCUUCUCUAGUGUCUGUCAUCUCUUUGUUGUGCAUCUGGGUCUCUCCAUUCGUCAUUUGUUCCUCGGUCUAUUCAGCUGUCCAUCUAGCCAUCCAGACAUGUGGCUGA